GUGGGGUAAGGUGCCAAUAACAAAAUUCAAUGAUCAUCCCCCUCACAACAACGUUUUUAAAUAAAUUAUUUUUACGGUGAAAUUCAUGCAACAGAGUUAUCACUUCUUCAGUGAAAUCGUUGUACUUUCGAGUUUGGACGAACCCCUGGACCCACUGAGAUACAUUGUGAAAAUUCUGGGUACGAGUCACUAACAAGUAUGAACGGAUUAAUACACAGCAGCAAUGAGGAAGCUGAAUCGACGUAACGUUUCUGGUCUGAACCGGGAUGGCCAGUUGGCUGCUGAAAGCUCUGCUACUAUCCAGCACGCUUGGCCUCGUUUGUGGUCGAGGAAAUGUGCUGGAUAGCCAAGGACCAGUUUUGAGCUCUGAGCCGAGGUCAACCGUUGAAUUUUCUAAUGAUACUGGAGCAAUGCUCCAUUGUUCAGCUACUGGAAGUCCUGGACCAAGAAUUGACUGGCUCAUGGGUGAUGGAUCACCAGUGCAUCCCAUUCCCAACAUCAGGGAGAUGCUCGUCAAUGGAUCCAUGUAUUUUCUUCCAUUUGGAGCUGAAAGUUAUCGGCACGAUGUACAUUUUGCUGUGUACAGGUGUCAAGCGUCGAAUACCGUGGGACGAGUACUCGGACGUGAAGUCAACGUCAAAGCUGUGGUUCGUCAGAAGUAUCAAGUUGGGGUUAAAGAUGCUCAUGUACUGGCGGGUAACACUGGUGUUUUGAGAUGCGACAUACCAGCACACACCAAAGAAUAUGUUGCGGUUACCUCAUGGGUACAAGACUCGGCUUUUAACAUUUACCCAGCCCCUGUAAGCGAUGGAAAAUAUCAUAUGCUGCCAACCGGUGAAUUACUCGUGUUCUCAGCAACACCAGCGGACACACAUUACGGGUACAGAUGUCGUACAGUACAUCAUGUCACUGGAGACACUGUUGAGAGCUCAAGCCAUGCUCGGCUCAUCGUUACAGAGCACCGUAAUCCGGAACCACCACGGAUCAACGAGCGCGUUAACCCAUUACCCAUUCGUACGGGUGAAACUAUUGUAUUGUCCUGCAUCUCCCAGGGAAAUCCACCACCAAUGUAUCUCUGGUUUCGUGAGUCAGUGGGUGGUACAGACGCUAUCGUUAACUCAGAGAGGAUUCAUGCAAGGGCUGGUGUACUGAUCAUACAGUCAGCUAGAAUCGAAGAUGCAGGCCGAUACGUUUGUCAUGUAAACAACACAGCUGGAUCGGAGAGAGUUGAGCUCGAAGUAUCGAUUAUAAGUGGAUUGUCUAUACACCUGGCACCACAGCAGGUGACAAUUGACAUCGGAAAAGACGCAAAAUUUCAGUGCGCAAUAACGGGACAACCGAUUCCCACGAUAUCAUGGGCGAAGGAUGGGCUUCCGGUUAGGGAAGGCGCCGGGAGGAUCAAGGUACUGGGAAAUGGCGGCUCAACUCUCCACAUAUCGUCAAUCACGAGGGAUGACAAGGGCAUGUUCCAGUGUUUUGCCAAAAAUGACUAUGAGAUGGUACAGGCAACUGCUGAACUCCGACUUGGGGAUGCUGCACCCCAACUUGUAUAUAAAUUCAUCGAGCAGACGAUUCAGCCGGGUCCCUCGGUAUCCCUCAAAUGCAUUGCAACUGGAAAUCCUACACCCCAUUUCACAUGGAGCCUGGACGGAUUUCCACUGCCUCAGAAUGAUAGGUUUAUGAUUGGACAGUAUGUAACUGUUCACGGGGAUGUAAUAUCCCACGUUAAUAUCAGCACUGUCAGAGUGGAGGAUGGGGGUGAAUACCGGUGUACAGCUGUGAAUCGUGUAUCCAAAGUCCAUCACUCUGCCCGUCUAAACAUCUACGGUCUGCCCCAUGUUCGACCAAUGGGCAACUAUGCAGCGGUCGCUGGAGAAACCACGAUCAUCAAGUGUCCUGUGGCUGGUUUUCCAAUCGCCAGUAUAACGUGGGAAAAGGACGGCCAAGUACUGCCAACAAGUAGACGACAGGAAGUAUCUCCAAAUGGUACACUGAUUCUUCAUAACGUCGACAGUAGUACAGAUCGUGGUUCUUACACUUGUACCGCCAGAAAUAAACAGGGCCACUACGACUCACAAACAGUCCAGAUAGAGGUCAAAGUGCCACCUAAUAUAGCUCCCUUUAGCUUUAACAAGGAAUUAUCGGAGGGCGUUCGUGCCCAGGUUGCCUGUGUCAUUGAAAAGGGAGAUCCGCCCUUCACGAUAAUAUGGUUAAAGGAUGGUGAACCCAUUGGAACCUCAUCACCACCUGGUUUUAAUAGUGCAUCAACAGCCAACUCUCACAAGACUAUUGCUGGUCUACGUGUUACCAGUAUGGACCAACACUCUAGUACCAUCUCAAUUGAUCGUGUCAAUGCAGCUCACGCUGGCAAUUAUACUUGCGUUGCACGUAACUCUGUUGCCGAGGUUUCAUCUACAGCGCAAUUAGUCGUUCGUGUGCCACCACGAUGGGUGAUGGAACCCAAAGACGUGCAUGCGCCUGAAGGUACAUCGAAACUGGUCCUUCACUGUCACGCAGAUGGUUUUCCAACACCUGCGGUAACUUGGCGUCGAGGUAGUGGUACAAAGCCGGGAAGUUAUCACGAUAUAACGAGUCACGAGCAUGCACAAGAAUUGAGAAUUCACUCGAACGGUUCACUGGUCUUCGGACGAGUUCAAGAGGACCACGAGGGAUACUACUUGUGCGAGGCUGUCAAUGGAAUUGGCGCUGGUCUCAGCAAAGUUGUCUACUUGACAGUGAAUGCACCAGCUAGAAUCAUAGACAAGCACAGAAAUCAAACUGCUCGACUAGGAUCAAGAGCUUCACUUCGCUGCGAAGCCAGGGGCGAUCAUCCCCUGAAUAUCGAGUGGCGUCGGGCUGGCUCGCAAUUAGAACCAGCAGCAUCUGAUUAUCGGUAUAUGGUGAAAGAAAUGAACACCACGGAAGGGGCUGUUAGUAUACUUGAGCUGAUUAGCACAACGAGAGAAGACAGCGGUAUAUAUUUCUGCACAGUGUCCAAUGCUUAUGGAGGUGAUGAAAUGACCCUGCAUUUGUAUAUACAAGAACCACCGGAUUUUCCACGGAAUAUCGAAGUUCUCAAACGAGAGAGUCGAUACAUCAAGUUGGGCUGGACUAGCAGCCAAGAUGGAAACAGUCCAAUAACAAAGUACAUAAUCGAGCAUAAGAAGGACUCGGAAAUAUGGCAUGAUCAUACAUUUUAUACUGAUGUACCCGGCACUCAGACAUACGGCCACGUCAACGGCCUGCGACCAGCAACUACAUAUCAGUUUCGGGUAUUUGCCGAGAACGAAUUGGGUCGUAGUCAAGCGAGCGAUAUUCUUGACGUAACAACGGAGGGGGAAAAACCCGGUGGACCACCGAGAAAUCUCAAAGUCGAGGCGGUGAGCUCCACUGAAUUGAAAAUUUCGUGGGAUCCACCGGAUCAAGAUCUUUGGAACGGGGAAAUUUUGGGAUAUCACGUUGGAUUUAAAGAGUAUAGAUUAUCAGCUGAACAGUACACAUACAAGACUGUAGAAGGUCGUCCAAUCACUGCCAGUGCAACUCUCGGACUUGCUCGUACUGCCAUCCCAGGUCGCCAAUGUCAAUUGACAGCUUUACGCAAAUACACACGCUACAGUAUCGUUGUCCAAGCCUAUAACGCCCUGGGUCCAGGACCAAUGACAGCUGAAAGUGUAGCAACAACCCUAGAAGACGUGCCAAGCAGUCCACCUCAGGAUAUCCGCUGUACAGCGCUCUCAUCCCAGUCUCUCCAAGUAUCAUGGGAGCCACCACCGGAUACGAGCCUGAAUGGGAUACUUCGGGGUUUUAAAGUCGGUUGGGAGAGCAUGGAUUCAUUAACAGAAUCCGGUAAACUAGAUAUUAAAAUAACAUCAGCCCUGACUGUUGUCAUCAGUAGUCUGGAAAAAUACACAAAUUACUCGAUCCAAGUGGCAGCAAUGACAAAGCCAGGAGAUGGUGUCCAGUCAUCGCCAAUUUACUGCAUGACCAAGGAGGAUUUGCCAGAAGUGCCAGCUGGAAUAAAAGCCGUAGCGAGUUCCAACGAAUCGAUAAUAGUCUCGUGGUUACCACCACUAAGAGCCAACGGCAUAAUAACAUCAUACUACGUGUACUUUCAGAGUCAAGAGGAUGAUGAAAAGUGGUACAAACAAACAUUGAGAGCCCACAAGACAUACUAUCGUGCGGAAAAUCUCCAUAAACGUACUCAGUACUCAUUUCACGUAGCAGCUGUGACGUCUGUUGGUGAGGGGCCCAAAACACGUUCAGUAAGUGCAUCACCCUCGACCCAUGUGCAUGCUGCUAUUCAUUCAUUUGGAAUGAGUGCAACUGUACCAUGGAAGCAAGAUGUAACAUUACCAUGUCAAAGUGUUGGCAAACCCUCGUUACUCUGGAAGCAAUGGGGACAAAUUGUCAAGGCAUCUGGAAGGAUUUCCAUUCAUACAGAUGGCUCCCUCCACAUCUCCGAUCUUCAUCGGGAGGACAGUGGAAAUUACACGUGUCAUGUCGAGAAUCCUCAUGGCUCUGACCAAAUAACUCACAAACUCAUUGUCCAAGUACCACCAGCAGCUCCACUCCUUCUGGCAACCAGUACAACGAGCAAUUCCAUAAGUGUUCAAUGGAAGCCUGGAGAUGAUGGUGGUGCUAUCAUAAGGGGAUACAUACUCCACUACAAGAGAAAAUUUGGCGAGUGGGAGGAAGUUAAAGUGUCGCACAAGAUUAAUGGACACCAUCUCUCGGAAUUGUGGUGUGGGACUGAAUAUCAGAUUUAUUUAACAGCGUACAAUAGAAUUGGCAUGGGAUCACCCAGUGAUUUUGUCAAGGCAACAACUAAGGGCUCCAAACCAGCUAAUUCACCUGGAAAUGCUGAAAAAUUUAUAACGCUCAAUGUAUCAUGGAUCAUUCUUCAUCUUAAUAUUUGGAAUGAUGGCGGCUGUCCUAUCACUUGGUUCGAGCUUGAGUAUAGAAGACACUCCGAGGAAUACUGGACAUUAGUUUCAAAUAAUAUCGAGGUUCAAAAGUCAUACACUCUGAGUGAUCUUCAAUCAGGAACAACCUACGAUAUUCGCAUAAGAGCUCAUAAUAAUGCGGGCUCAUCAGUGGCUGAGUACAAGAUAACAACACUUCAACCACAUAUCACAACAACACUCCCCAGUGGCAUAGAGAUAGAUCAGUAUAUACCCCAAAAUAAUUCCGUAUUGGCUGACCUCAAACUUAUCGUUCCACUGAUACUUUGCUCAUUUGCCAUAAUUGCGGCAGCCGGUGCAGUAUUUUACUGCUUCCGUAAACGUCCAUUAUUAGGCGAUAUUGGUAGUCUCCAUGAUGCUCAAAAUGCUGCCGCAUUGGACAAUAAACAGAAUAUGGAGCAACGAGAGCAGUAUUAUGCUACUGUACGAAAACCUCUGCGAUCACCUAUCCACGAAAUGGCGACGCUUGAGAGAAUUCCAGAAUUUUCCGAAGACAUCUACCCCUACGCAACGUUCCAGUUAAAAGAGAGUGUACCUCCUGGAGGUGACAGUCGAUGCGAUUCAGCUGCACCUCUUCAAACCUUCGUGUAUCAUGAUCCACGACUGUCCACUGCUGAUACACUGCAAUUGCGCGAGUCGGAUUGCAACCGGUACACUAAGGUGCGCGGAGGCCGUUCGUCCUCAGCGCCAUUGCAUAAAACUCACAAGACCAAUCACGGAAAGUCCGAGUCGGAGGAAUACGACACCCUGGGCUCGGACAGCGACACGGAAGUCGGGACCAGCAGCCGAACUGAGUCUUCCAAUCACCUCGUCGAUUCGCAUCACUCGGCAUUUACAGCCGACGCGCGUGUCCACAACUUCCUGUACCAUGGACCAGAAUCUAGCACGUCUACGGAACCCUCACCGAUAUUUGAGAGAAAAUCGUUUCCUGGAAGGGGAAGACCCAAGAUGCUACAGUUGGCGCGUUAUACCAGCGAGGAGACCCGUUCAAGUUUCGGGACAAUCCCCAGGCCUGGCAAUUCCAAGCACCAGUCGGGCACUAUCAGUAGAGAGCAGGGGGAUGCAGGAUCAGGAAACCUGUUCGUCCCCAAGUUGGAUCCACCCUCGGGCUUCUCCGACGCGCUUGAGUUAAGCGAAGCUGAGUGUGACAUUGACCGUGGAAAUCACACACAGCAGCAUCUACGUGACUUUGUUAUAGCGGUGUAAAUAACUGUGCAAAACUCCCCAAUGAAAAAUAAAAAGAAAGAAGAGAAGAAAAAAAAAGAGACAAAGCCCGUGAUAUAUUAACUUUAAAACACAAAACGACUAAAGAGAAAGAAAACGAAACGAUAAGAAUGAUGAAAAAAAAACCCUUCUACCCAUUCCUCCAUGGAAAUGAAAAUCAUAAUAAUAAUAAAAUUAAAUGGAAAAUGAAAAUGUGUCACAAACAUACCGAUGUGUUGAUGUAUCUACUGUUAAACUCAAGCGGCGUUCAAACUAACGAAUGAAUGAAUCGAAUGAGAAAAUUUAAAAAAUGUGUUAGAAUGUAAAAGAUAAGAAAAAUUUAUCUGUAAGUUAAAAACAAAUGCAAUGAGCACUGUUGUUCUGUUCGACACACGUGCAACACUUUCUAAUCGUAAAACAAAUUUUUCCAUAUGUCUCGGAACAAAAAUAUGCCAACCCAUGGUUUUUCCUGUUGAUAUAUAUUAUAUAUAUUAUAUAUACUUUAUUAUUAUAUAUGAAUUAUUUACCACGGAGGACAAAAACAAAUUAACACUUUUGUGUUUUAGG